AUGAAUGAAGUAUCAAUUAAAAAAUCUCUAGAAGUGACCUCAUCAUUAUUAGAUGCAUUUGAGUUACUAAAGUCACCUAAAGAUGAUGUGAAAUUAAACGGUGGUGUUAAAAUCAUAUCACGCCUUCUGAACAACGAGGGUGAAAAAGAUAUCCAGUAUGCCCUGAAACGAUUAAUACGAAGUCUGGGAGCAAAUAUUCCGGAUAUGAGGACAGGAUAUUUUGCCACUCUUGUGGAAUUAUUAAUCAAAUUUGAACAGAUACCCAUAUCACAGAUAUUUGAAUUAGUUAAAAAAGAAUUGCAUGCCAAUGGUUCUUCUAAAAGUGAAGUUGGUGAUGUUGCUUUAGGACAGAUUCUUGUAUGCAGUGCUAUAUUCCGUUCCGGUCGCAUGCUGAAAUGCACAGAAGAUGAGCAAAAACAAGUUUUACAGCUUUUAAUGACAGCUAGUACCAAGAAAUCUUAUCUUAGUACAGUAGCUUUUCUCUUGCUGAUUGAUUUUAUAAAUGAGCUUGAAGAGGAACAAUUUUCAUCGGUUGUAUGGUCUAAUAUAAAACAUGACUUUAAGAAAGACAUUAAAGAAUAUAACUUGGAUUCUCUUUACUGUCUUCUUAUAAUGAGCACAAAGUUUCCCAAGAAGGUCAAAGUGAAAAAAUUACUGGCAGUGCCCGAGAUAUUAUGUGAAGAAAAUUUGCAAAUUAUUUGUGAAAAACUACUGACAGGCAUUGAUUUUAACACAGUCAACCAUCCUGUAUACAAAGAAAUUGGUAUACAUAUUGCUAAAUCACCCUAUUUAAUACAAUUUUGGACAAACAUAGACAGCCAGCUUACCAAACAUAACAGAAACAGAGAACUUGUGUGUAUUAAUUUACUUACUACCAUACUUCUUAACUUGGACGACAAUAUUCAAGUGAUACCUGAACUCUUAAGUACAAAUUUUUUUAAACUUUUUAUGGAUUGGUUUAAAGGUCUUCAAACAGCUAGUAAAAUCAGAAAUAAGAAAGAUAAUGAAGAUGACAAUAAAAUAAUAAUUAAGAAACAAAAAGAGCUACUUAAUGCCUUAGCAAAAGCAUUAAAAUUAGAUAAAGUUACUGGAAAAAUAAGAGUAGAAACAUUAAAAAAGCUUUUAUUUAACCCAGGUGAAAUUAAUUUUACCGAAAUCACUGGCACUAAUAUUAUCAAGUCUAUUAUAAUAGAUUUAGAUGAAGAUGGUGUCAAAAAAAUCGCCAAACUGUUAAAAAAUGUUCUCAAAAAUAGUUCCAAGAAAAUCAAAGAAAAUGUUGAACGUAAUUGGUACAACAAUGAAAGAGUGAAGGCUGCUGAACUCCUUUCCUUUUUGGUGAGCCAUGAUGUUAUAAAAGAUGACACUGAUUUUAAAAUCACUAUUAUGAAAUUAUUAAUGUGCUUUGGGUUCUUUAAAAUUGGAGGAGAUGAGAAUGUUGUUGUGAGCAGUGAGUUAGCAGGUGCUAUCAAGACUUGUUUUUAUCGUUGCUUUUCAUCUCGAUUUUCGAACGUAGACAACUUAGUGGAUGUAUUAUCGUCAUUAAGUAACUUUAUAUGCUCAAUAAUGGAAAAGGAACAAGUAAGAACUAAAAUGGAAAAACAGUUCACAAAUGAAAACAUGGAAUGCUGGGAGAUGAUCACGGAGAUAUGUCAGAAAAUAAAUGACGUUAAUGCGAAAUCUAAAGUUGAUAAAGUUUUUCUUAUUUUGCUUUACCAAAUGGGCUUGUUUUUAUUCUCAGAGCCUGCACAUGUAAAAAUCGCUAGAAGCUCUAUUAAGGAAUUAAAAAGUUGCUACGAACAUUACAGGAACGAGAAUGAAAUUUUUAGAAAUAAUAAGCAAAACAUUUUGAAUGAAGAACUUGAAUGGAUAGAAGUAUUGGUGGAAGUUUUAUUAUCUAUUUUAUCAGUUGAAUCCAGUGUUCUUCGAUCUGUUGUUCAAUGUGUGUUCAGGCUACUCUGGGAAUAUCUGACACCAUCAUCAAUUGGGCAAAUAGUAUCAGUAAUAGAUCCAGAAAGCGAAUCUAACCCACUCACGCAAGAUAGUGAAUCAGAAGAAGAUAAGGAUGGCAAUUCUGAUAGUGACGAUAACAAUUUAGAUAGUGAUGAUCAUGACGCAGAAAAACCGAAUGAUGAUAUAAAUAGUGAUGAUGAUAGUAAUAACAGUGACAUUAAUAUAGAUGAUGAAAAUGAAGAUAUAAAAAUACCAGAUCAAUUAAGAAUGGCUGUUCAGAAAGCAUUAGGUGCAGCAGCACCAGAUACUGAUACUGAGAGCAUAGAUGCUGAUACAAUUAAUGAAGAAGACGGAAAGAAGAUAGACGAAGCUCUUGCAGAAGCCUUUAAACAAUUUUACCAGGGAAAAGGCAAGAAAUCUAAAAAGGAUCGUAAAGAUAAAAAGGCAUUGUCGGACUUCAGAGUUCGAGUUUUAGACUUAAUAGACAUAUAUUUAGAGAAGGAUCCAGCAAUGGAUGUUUGCCUAGCAAUGAUAACUCCUUUAACGAGAAGUCUAGAGUUUUGUAUUCAGGAUAAUCAAUGUAUUGAAUUGGAAAAUCGUAUCAGAAAAACUAUAAAGAACUUAUGUAAAAUUAGAAAAUUUUCGUCUACACAAGAUGUUACGAUAGGUACAUUAUGUGAUCAUUUAAAAUCAGUUGUUGACAAAGGCACUCGAUCACAUUUUAUGUUUCAAGCUUUAGGGGAUGUGAUAACGUAUUUUGCAACAUUUAUAAUUCAUUGUUCUAUUAAAAUAACUUCUAAUAUGCCUAAAAAGAAAAAACAUGUAUCUCCACUAAUUGAUAUUUUAAAAGAUGCCUUGCGUAACUAUUUUAGGAAUAGAAACUGUUUGCUGCCUAUAAUUUUCUUUCAUAAUGUUUUACAAUUAGAAUGGGAUGGAAAUUAUGAUCUUGUACCCAUAAUAGUAGACAAUAUUUUCGACAAAGAUGUCAGACAUUUUCGUCGCAAUGAAGGAAUUGAAUUGCUAGCUGGGUUUUAUCGGAGCCUUAAAAGAUACAAACCAUCUUCAGAAAAGAUUUUAAAUAAAUUAUCAACUUUAGAAACGGAUUUUGAGGAGAGACUCAAAAGUGUUGUCAAGCUUGGUGAAGAUUUCAAAGUUAAAAGCAAUUUUGUUGUAUCCUUAAAAAAAUUACUAAACACUAUGAGAACAUUUCAUGAAAGUUGCAAAAUUGACACAAAUUUGAAUUUUCAAACUUUAUUUAACAUAUCAGGACAAAUAAAGAGUACAGGCAAAGGUGAAACAUCUAAUAACCAAGGUGGACAAAAUCAGCAAAAUUCUCAGAAAUCAUCAAAAAAAAGGAAAAAUAAAAGAAAACAAUCUCAAAAUAAUGGCAGUACUGAACCACUAUUGAAGAAGUCUAAAAAUAUGUAA